AUGGGCGGACCCGGCGGCGAGACCCGAUCCCGGGGCGAGACCCGGCGGGCGGACCGGGGGCCCGGGGGAGACCCGGCGGCGAGCCCCAUCCCGGGGCGAGACCCGGGCCGGGCGGACCCGGCGGGCGAGACCCGGGGGCCGGGGGGGAGACCCGAUCCCGGGGCGAGACCCGAUCCCGGGCGAGCCCCGGGGGGAGCCCCGAUGCCGGGCGAGACCCGAUGCCCGGGGCGAGACCCGGGCCGGGCGAGACCCGGCCCGGGCGGGGGCCCCGAUCCCGGCGGGGCGUGGGGGGCCCGGGGGGAGACCCGGGCCGGGCGAAAACCCGGCGGGGGGCCCCGACCCGGGGGGCGCCGGCGAGACCCGGGCCGGCGAGACCCGAUGCGGCGAGACCCGAUCCCGGGGCAGCCCCGGGCCCGUGGCGAGCCCCGGGGGCCCCGUGGCAAAACCCGGGCCGGGCGAGCCCCGGGGCCCCGGCGGGACCCGGGCCGGGGGGACCCGAUGCCGGGCGGACCCGAUGCGGGGGCCCCGAUGGGGCGGCCGGACCCGAUCCCGGGGCGAGCCCCGGGGCGCCGGCGAGACCCGAUGCCGGGCGAACCCGGGGCGAGCCCCGGGGCCCCGGCAAACCCGGGCCCGGGGCGAGGCCCCCGGCCCAAACCCGAUCCCGGCGAGACCCGGGCCAUGGCAAACCCGGCGCCGAUGGCGAGCCCCGGGGCCCCGGCGGCGAGACCCGGGCCGGGCAAACCCGGGGCCCCGGCAAACCCGGCGGGGCGAGACCCGGGCCGGCGAGACCCGAUCCCGGCGAGACCCGAUGCCGGACCCGGGGGCCCGGCCGGGGGGAACCCGAUGCCGGGCGAGACCCGGCCCCGGGGGGGGCGAGACCCGGCCCCGGGGGCGAUCCCGGGGCGAGCCCCAUCCCGGGACCCGGGCCGGGCGAGCCCCGGGGCCCCGGGGCGAGCCCGGGGCCCCCGGCAAACCCGAUCCCGGGCGGGGCCCGACCGGGGGCCGGGCCCGGCAAACCCGGGCCGGGCGAGACCCGAUGGGGGCGAGACCCGAUGCCGGGCGGCCCCGAUCCCGGGCGGACGCGAUCCCGGGGGGCGAGGGGCGGGCGCCGGCGAGCCCCGGGCCCGGCCCGGCGGCGAGACCCGAUGCCCGAUGGCAAACCCGGCGGGGGCCCCGAGCCCGGGGCCCGGCCGGCGAGCCCCGAUGCCCCGGGCGACCCGGGGGCCCGGGGGGAGACCCGGCGCCCGGGGCGAGCCCCGGGCCCGGGCGAGCCCCGGGGCCCCGGGGCGACCCGGGGCCCCGGGGCGAGACCCGGGGGCCCCGGGCGCCCCGGGGGGCCCGGCGGCAAACCGAUCCCGCAAACCCGACCCCGGGGGCCCGGGGCGAGCCCCGGGCCCGGCGGACCCGAUCCCGGGCGGCGCCCCGGGGCCCCGGGGCGAGACCCGAUCCCGGGCGAGCCCCGGGCCCGGCCCCGGGGCGAGACCCGGCCCCGGGGCGAGACCCGGGCCGGCGGACCCGAUGCGGGCAGACCCGAUGCCGGGCGAGACCCGGGCCGGGCGAGACCCGGGGGCCGGGGCGGGGCCCGGCGCCGGGCCCGGAUCCCGGCGAGACCCGGCCCCGGGGCAAAAUGCCGAGCCCCGGGCCCGUGGCGAGCCCCGGGGCCCCGGGGCGAGCCCCGAUGCCCGGCGGGGGGCCCCCCGGGGGCCGGGGGCGAGCCCCGGGCCCGGCCCCGGGGGCGAGCCCCGAUCCCGGGCGAGACCCGGCCCCGGGGGCCCCGGGGGGGACCCGAUGCGAGGGCGGGGCCGAGGGGAACCCGGGGGACCCGAUGCCGGGCAAACCCGGGGGCGAGCCCCGAUCCCGGCGACCCGGCCCCCGGCAAACCCGGCCCCGGGGGUGGGCGGACCCGAUGCCGGCGGGACCCGGGGGGCCCGGCCCGGGCGAGACCCGGCCGGGGCAAACCCGAUGCCGGCAGACCCGGGCCGGGCGAGACCCGAUCCCCGGGCAAACCCGGGCCGGCGGGGCCCCCGGGGCCCCGGGCGGGAGCCGGGGGGCCCCGGCCCCGGGGAGACCCGAUCCCGGCGGACCCGAUGCCGGGGGAGCCCCGGGGCCCCCCGGCGAGCCCCGGGGGCCGGCGAGCGCGAUCCCGGCAAACCCGGGGCCCCGGGCAAACCCGGGGCCCCGGGGCGAGACCCGGCGGGGGCCCCGGCCCGGCGAGCCCCGGGGCCCCGGGCCCCGGGGCCCCGGCGGGACCCGGGCCGGGCGAGCCCCGGCCCCGGGCCCCGGGGCCCCGGGCGAGACCCGAUCCCCGGGGCGAGCCCCGGGGGCCGGGGCGAGACCCGGGGGCCGGCGAGACCCGAUCCCGGGGGGAGCCCCGAGCGCCGGCGAGACCCGAUCCCGGCGAGCCCCGAUGCCGGCAAACCCGAUCCCGGGGGGCCCGAUGCCGGGCGAGCCCCGGCCCGGCCGGCGAGACCCGGCGGGGAGACCGAUCCCGGGGCGAGACCCGAUCCCGGCGAGACCCGAUCCCGGGCGAGGACGGGGGGCCGGGCGAGACCGAUGCCGGCGAGACCCGGGCCGGGCGAGACCCCGGGCGGGGGGGCCCGGGCGAGACCCGGCCGAUGGGGACCCGGGCCGGGCGAGCCCCGGGGGCCCCGGCCGGGGCGAGACGCCCGGGCGGACCCGAUCCCGGGGCGAGAGGGGGCCCCGGCGAGACCCGGGGGCCGGGGGGCGAGCCCCGGGCCCGGGGGCGAGCCCCGGCCGCGGGGGACCCGGGGGCCGGGGCGAGACCCGAUGCCGGGACCCGGCGAGACCAUCCCGGGCGAGACCCGAUCCCGGGGCGAGCCCCGGGCCCGGCCGGCCCGACCCGAUGCCCGAUGGGGCGGCCCCGAUGCCGGGCGAGACCCGGGCCGGGCGAGACCCGAUGCCGGCGAGACCCGUCCCGGGGCAGACCCGAUCCCGGGGCGAGACCCGGGGGCCCGGGCGAGACCCGAUCCCGGCGAGCCCCGGGCCGGCGAGCCCCUGGGGCAGCCCCGGCCCGGCCCCAUGGCGAGACCCGAUCCCGGCGAGACGCGAUGCCGGGCGAGCCCCGGGCCCGUCAUAAGUCCGGAGGGCGGCCCGUCCCGGGCGAGACCCGAUCCCGGGGCGGCCGAUCCGAAAUGGGGGGCAAACCCGGGGGCCGGGCGGAGACCCGAUGCCGCGAGCCCCGAUCCCGGGGCGAGACCCGCCCGAGACCCGAUGCCGACCCCGGCCCGGCCGGGCCCACCCGGGGAUGGGGGGAAAACCCGGGCCCCAAAAACCCCCCAUCCCGGGGGGGGAGCCCCGGGCUCCCGGGGGAAAAAGAAACCCAGCCGGGCCAAGCCCCCCAUCCGGCGAGACCGGCCCCGGGACCCGGGUGCCGCGAAACCCGAUUCCCGGCGAACCCCCCCGGGGCGAGCCCCCCCCCGGCGCCCCGGGCGGCGGAAACCCGGGCCCGCCGGCGAGCUGGCCGAGGCCCCCAAAAAGGGGCCGGGCCGGAAAACCCCGAAUGCCGGGGCCCCGGGGCGCCGGCGAGACCCGAUCCCGGGCGAAAAUGCCGGCGACCCGGGCGGCGCCCCGAUCCCGGGGCGAGACCCGAUGCCGGCGAGACCCGGGGGGCCGGGGCCGAAGACCGGCCCGGCAAGAGGGCGCCCGAACCCCCCCUUGCCCCGGGCGCCCGGCCGGGGCCGAGACCCGGCCGCCGGCCCAAAAAAGGACCCUUUUUGCCGCCGCCGGAAAAAACGCCGGCCCCCCAACCCCCCCCCGGCUGCCGAGGGGCGGCGGGCCCGGCACCGGGCGCCCAUGCCCGGGAACCCAUGCCGAACCCGAAUCCCAGCCGGGCAAGUUGCCCAAAAAGGGCCCGAGACCCGGGGGGAAAAACCCCCCAAAAGUUUUUGCCCAAGGGCCGGCGAAACCCGGGCCCAAAAAACCCAACGCAUCCGGCAACCCCCCGGGCAAACCCAAUCCGGGGCCCCGGGCCGGCAACCCCAAUUCCCCCGGCCGGGCCCCGGCGCCCAGUCAAACCAGGGAGGCCUCUAA